AUGGCGGAGGAAGAUCAGAUCGCCCCGGCUUUACAACCGGAGCGGACAGAGGAACAGAAGGUCGAAAGAACGAGGAAGAGAACUCUCGGAAACGUAAGACUUCGACACAAAGAAACGAACGAAAUCAUCUUGAUACCGACGCCGUCCAAGGAUCCCAACGAUCCUCUCAACUGGCCACAAUGGUACAAGCAUAUGAUCGCAGUCAUCAUCUGCCUGGCGAUGAUGUGGUGUAACUUCCUUGCAGCCGGACCUACCAUCGCCAUUGUGCGUACAACUCUGAGCUUCUACCCAGACUCGCCUCCGACUGUUGAUCCUGCCGGCUUCUCGAAGAACAUUGCCAAGGUCGCGUAUUUCUUCACGACUACCGCUCUCUUGCAGGGUACCGGUAACUUCUUUUGGGUUCCCAUCGCCAACAAGUUCGGUCGUCGGCCUGUCUACCUCAUGAGCUACACGCUCUAUCUCGCCUGUGCGAUCUGGCUCAUCUUUGACAAAACCUAUUCCGGCUUUCUCGCUGGUCGAAUCAUCAUGGGAUUUGCUGCCGGAGCUGCCGAAACUAUUGCUCCUACCACGAUCGCUGAUGUGUUCUUCCUCCAUGAACGAGGUACAAUCAUGGCGCUGUACACUUCAUUCCUCUCAGUCGGCGUCGCUUUUGGUAUCAUUAUCGCUGGACUCAUUACCAUCAACCACGACUGGAGAGUCAUCUACGAAGUGGCCGCUGCCAUUGUCGGAUUCGUCCUGUUGGUGGCCUUCUUCGCCUUCCCCGAAACUGCAUACAUACGAGACGUGCCCUACACUUCACCAGGUCAAACGCAAAGGGCGCCCAGCGAGAAAUCCGGCGCUGCCGUGUCGGACAUCGAACAAGCAAGCACGCCUAUCCCUCCGAGGAAGACAUACCUCCAAACCCUAAAAGUCUACAACGGGAAGUUAACGAACGAGAGCUUCCUCAAGAUGGUUGUUCGACCCCUGGGCCUUAUUUGCCUGCCGCCGGUGCUCUGGGCAGCCCUCGUCCAGUCCGUCACAAUUGGCUUCCUGGUGGCCGUGACAUCCAACGUGGACGCUGCGUUCGAGGCUACAUACAACUUCGAGCCCUGGCAGGUCGGCCUCUGCUUCAUCUCUGCCGUCAUCGGUUCCAUUCUCGGCAUUCCCGCCGGUGGUCAUAUGGGAGAUAUCGUAGCUGAUUGGUUUACGAAGCGUAAUGGCGGUAUUCGUGAACCGGAGAUGCGACUCCCGGCCAUGAUUCCCUGCCUCAUCACGACGCCACUUGCACUCAUUUUGUACGGUGUAGGGAUACAGCAUAAGCUCCACUGGAUGUGCCCAACCGUAGGGCUUGGUCUCUUGAACUUCUCCAUCGCACAAGGCACGAAUGUCUGUCUUGUGUAUGUCAUCGAUGCCUACCGCCCCGUCUCUGGUGAGAUCACCUUGGCGGUCAUGGGCUUCAAAUCUUUGUUCGGAUUUCUCUUGUCAUUUUACACUAAUCCCUGGGUGGCCGAAUCCGGCUACCAGAAUGCCUAUGGUGCCAUGGCUGGCAUUGCCGCCGCUGUGAUCAUCAUGUGGGUGCCUCUGUAUAUAUGGGGCACAAAGAUCCGGCAUGUUACCUGGCACUGGCCGAUUAUCUCCUAUAUCCAUUGGAGCGACGAUCGGGAGGUGGGAGAAUAA